AUGCCUUUGAGGAUCCUUGUAUGCGGCGGCGGGUGUGCCGGGCCAGCACUAGCUUUCUGGCUUGCUCGCAGUGGUCAUCAUGUCAUUGUGGUAGAGCGAUAUUUGGACCUAAGGGCUACUGGCGCUCAGGUUGACCUCCGUGGCCAAGGGAUUGAAACGGUCAAACGCAUGGGCCUUCUUGACACCAUUCGCGGAAAGCUUGUCGACGAAGACGGUAUCGCUAUUGUAGACACCAAUGGCACAAUCCACGCAAAAUUUAUGGCAAAUAAAUCUGGAAAAGGUGCACAAUCUCUAACGUCAGAGUUCGAGAUCAUGCGAGGUGAUCUUGUGCGUAUUCUGUAUGAAGCGACCAAAGGUCAAGUGAAAUAUAUAUUCGGAAAGACGGUCGAGAGUUUUGAACAAGACGAGAAGCAAGUGACUGCCCAUUUCUCCGACGGCUCCAAUGACACGUUUGAUCUUCUUGUGGGCGCAGAUGGACAAGGAUCACGGAUUCGGAAGGCCAUACUACCACAGGACUCACCGGAGCCAUAUCUAAGAUUGGGUGUUCAUAUGGCAUAUUGCCAAGUCUACUUUUUUCUCCGAGAUUCGUCUCCGGAAGUCUCCAGUAUCCAGAGAGCUAGUGUGGAGCAGCAGAAGGAGUUUUGGACCCAACGAUUCCGAAGCGCAGGAUGGCAAACCGAAAGAUUUUUGAAAGGAAUGGAAGAUGCUCCUAUGUGGUACUGCCAAGAAGCUGUUCAGGUUCGUCUUGAUAAAUGGCAUAAAGACCGGGUGGUAUUACUCGGGGAUGCGGCUUAUUGCGCUUCGCCGUUCUCAGGGAUGGGUACCACUGCCAGCUUGGUGGGAGCAUAUGUAUUGGCUGGAGAGCUUAAUCGAUCCCCAGAUAAUCUGUUGCAGGCACUUAUAAACUACAACAGGGUUCUGCAGCCUUUUAUCCGUGAGGUUCAACGAGGCGCCAAUCCCUAUAUUAUCCGAUUAGCGAUGCCAGAGAGCGAAUGGGGCGUUUCAGUAAUUCGCUUCAUUGGGUGGCUAUUCUGCUUGCUUCGUAUUCCGGAACUCAUUUCGCGAUUAUCCCGUGAGAAUAAAGGCGGAUGGGAGCUUCCAGAGUACCCAGAGCUUCGACAUGGUUAA